UCCAAUUCAUCGAGAUCGCCGGGUGUCGGUGCCGCUCAUAGCUCGCCGAGUCCAACUCGAUUCGCAUAAGGCGCGCCGCUCGCGCGACUGCCAUCUCCCCGCUGCAUCCAUCCGCCCCCUCGCUGCUGUGCUUGGCUGAAGGGACUCAUCUUCACUGCUCUGUCUACCACUACCCCACCUCUCGCACGCGCCGGUCCCCGUCAGAGGUUGUACCAGCUAUGAAGAUCGGACCGAAGCUCGGACCAAGGGUCCUUCACCGAUUGUCACUCCCAGUGACACCAGAGACGCCUCAGCCUGCGCGGUCGUGCAGGAAGAAGGCGCUGCUCAUCGGCAUCAACUAUAGCAUGGAGGAGUCGUCGCUGAACACCAACUGUGUAGAGCUGGAGGGCCCGCACAAGGAUGCCAUCGGCAUGCGGGACCUGCUCAUCGACAAGUACGGGUAUAAGGAGGAGGACGUCGUGCUCAUGGUGGAUACGGAAGGGGUGGAUCGGGCGCGGCGGCCUAGUCGCAAGAACAUGAUACGGGAGAUCCGUGCCCUCGUGAGGGGUGCCCAGCCAGGGGACCGCUUCGUGUUCCUAUUCUCUGGACAUUCCGACCAGAUCCCGUGCAGGGACCACACCGAAGACGAUGGCUUCGACGAAGUUCUGCUUCCUAUGGACUUCGAUGGCAAGAGCAAGCACAAGCUCAUCGUUGACAAUGAUCUCCGGAAGUGGCUCGUUGAUCCACUCCCGCCCGGAGCACAGCUCAUGGCAAUCCUCGACGCAUGCCACUCCGGCACAUUGCUUGAUCUCGAUCACUAUGACUGCAACAAGGUGUACUUCCCAUGGGUCUCACUCGGUCGUCGGGAUGCGAAGACGCGGCACGUUGAUGUCGUACGCAAGAACGAUACAUUCGCCCCGGUCCUCCACCAGAAGACCGCACCCGCCGCACUAGUACUCGACUCCCUCUCCGGGCUCAGCUCCCCGCGCUCGCCGCUCUCCCCCGCCGCAUUCUCGCGCUCGCUCUUCUCGCCGCUCUCGCCCUCGCCCAAGUCGGCGAAGGCCAUCCGCCACUCGCGCUCGCUGCACCACAAGGCGCUCCGGCACCACCCCGACCGCGCGCCCGACGCGGACCCGGACGCGGAGCAGGGGCACACGCGCGAGCUGCGCAGGCGGCGGACGACCGUGUCCGUGUCCGUCGCGGCGUGGGCGGCGGGGAAGACGCUCCGCCCCGCGGCGGAGGUCCUCAAACAGAUCGUACCCGCCGCGCUGUGCAUGUCGCCUGUGUCGUACCGCAAGUGCGACGGAGAGUGCCCUGUAGGAUUUGCAGCGGAGGUGCCGCGUGUCAUAUCGCUGGCGGCUUGUGGGGACUCGCAGUAUACGUGGGAGUAUAAAAGGGGGCAGUCUAUGACCCAGGACUUGAUCCAGGAGCUCAGGGAGAACCCGCAGCCAAAGAUCCACGAGCUGGUCACUAAGCUGGGCUACUCGCGCUAUGAGGUUUCUCGGCUGUUGCACGGGGCUGCGAAGAGGCAGCGGGAGGCGAUCAAAGAGGGCGCGCAGCCGCUCUAUUUGCUCGAGGGUGUCAACUUCCAGGAUGUCCAGCUUGGUAGCCAGGAGAGGCUGGACAUGGAGAUGCCCUUCGAGUUUUGAGUUUUGAGCAUGCAUACAUGCUCGCGAUAUUGUCACACGCACAUCAACCUCCCACCCAUCAGGAUUAUGACGGAUCCGCAUCGAUCUAACUUAUUCACAUUGAACUUAUGUCU